AUGGAUGGCCACAUGCUUUUGAACAACGUUUAUUGCUGUUACCUUCCUGCCCACUGCUCUCAUGGCCUCCAGCCGUUAGAUAACGGUGUAUUCAAUGCCCCCAAGGCAGCUUACCGGAAAGAACUUCAGAAAUUGACCUGUUUGACCGAUUCUGCGCCUGUUCAUAAGGUCAAUUUUAUACGGGCAUAUGCUAAAGCGCGCGAGGUUGGAAUGACGGCAAAGAAUAUAUUGUCCGGCUGGAGGGUCACUGGGAAUUGGCCGAUCUCACGAUCCAAGGCAUUGCGGCAUCCAGAAAUUCACGCAGACAUUGUAGAGACGUCUCCAAAGUCCGCGCCAUUUUUGGGUUCUGAUGAUACACCAAGAAACAGCCGCCAGAUUCGCGAUUUCGGAAAGAACAAGACUCCUGGGACCCGGAGACGAUACGCCGUGAUAGCUAGAGGCUUUGAAGCCCAAGAACAGACGCUUGCCGAGCACAGCAACAGAAUCGCGAAGCUAGAGGAAGAAGUGGCCCGGCUGCAGAGAGGCAAGAAGAGGAGAGCAAUUCCGAACCCGAACAGACGGUUCAUGACUCUCAAGGAGGAGGCGGUCUCAGAGGUGGAGACAGCUUCAGUGAUCGAAGUCAAGGUGGCACCGAAGCCCUUCCAGUCACCACCAGAUCCGGGCGAAUGGUAA